AUGGCAUCCCAGCAUAUUGAAAGUCAUGAUCAGCAAACAAAACCAAAAACAAAUACUACCACCAACCAAGGAGCACUAAUUGAAGAACCGAUUCGUUAUUCCAUUAAAAAUAAUGAAAUCUCCUUAGAAUAUUCAAAAAGUACGUCCUACGAGAAUACUAGCAGUCGGCUGGAAAUCGUCGCAAAUGUCAUGCCUAAUGAAGUUUUUGGUGCAAUUUCAUCAUUGAAAUUGGGUUUCAAGAUUAAUUUAAUCUCUCAUCAUCCAAGAGAUUCUCGCUUUGUUGUUUGGUAUGCUCAUCCGUUACUAGAUGUAACUAACGAGGGAACAUUUCCAAAGGACCUUUCCAACAGUAACAGCUUUACAAUAGAGACAGAAGAUUCUCUUGAAGUUUCUGAUGUCGAUCAUUUUGACCCGGACUAUCCUGUUGAAAUCGAAGAUGAUGAAGAGCAACAAGUAGUCGAAAAUCGUCAGUUCAGUUUAGAAUAUAUGCAAAGGGUUGUCGACUUUGCUCGUCCAGGUGUUGCUUUUACAACCGUACAGCAUGCUUUUCGACGAGUUACACAUCCUAUGCAAUUAAAGCGAUUUCGAGAAUAUGUUGCAAGUAACGGAAACCGCCGGCAAAAAUUGGAGCGUGUGGAGCAUUUUGUACUUGAUAGAUUUCGCUCUGCUCGUAAUAACAAUUUACCUGUGCACGAUCUUGACGUGAAGCGAUGGGCUCUAUGCCAAGCAAAAAUAGAAAAUAUAGAUGGCUUUAAAGCAAGUGACUAUUGGCUCCUCAAUUUCAAAAAACGCAACGGUAUAUCUUCCAGAAAAGUGACAAAAUUCGUUUCUCAUCGGGAAGUUGUUGAUAAAUCUAUAAUUAAACAGACUGCUGAUGAUUUUGUCGCUGAAGUAACAAAGCAUAUACCAAAAUAUAAGCUUGAUUUUGUGCUAAAUCCCGAUCAAUCCAGUUUUAAGUACGAAAUACCUUCGAACCGUACACUAUCAUAUGCAGGAGAGAAAGCGACUUAUUUAUCAGUAAAAUCUUUGAAUGCUAUAAGCCAUUCCUAUACAGUUAUGCCGAUCAUUAGUGCUGCUGGUCAGUUGCUCAGUCCUGUUUUUAUUUGUCUUCAAGAACCCACGGGUCGGUUUCCAACUACAAGAGCGGUCUUUUCAGCAUCAAAUAUAGUAACUAGUUGCAGUACAUCUGGGAAAUUAAAUAAAUCCUUAGUGGAAUACUGGACUAAAGAAGUUCUCGAUAAAGUAGUCAGCAAUCGAUUCCUUCUUAUAGUCGAUCAAUGGUCACCGCAGGCUGAGAUUACUGUAUAUGAGAAUAACCUGACAAAACGACAGUCAUGUAAAUUGUUAG